GAAAAACGCAAGAAGAGCCGAGCACCGUUCACGCGGCUCGACUGGGAAAAAGUGGGCAUGUUGGAUGGUGGGAACGAUGAGAUAUGAGAUUAUUACAGCGCGAGCUCGGAUGCGAAUCUGCAGGUUUGUGCUGAAAGGAUCUGCAUGCUGGAAAAAUGAACAGCUUCACCUGCUGAAAUCAUCAACCGAUAUGGAGCACUUGGUGGUGCACACCUGGCUGUGGAGAUGCCCACUGGAUCUGCCUGAGUGUGUGGUGCGUGUUUGUUUUUGAGCGCUAGAGAGUGAUUGCGUCAAAACAGAGAGUGCCAUUGAGCUACAGACAGAGAUUUAUCAGUGUGAACGUGUGUGCUGUUAAGAGGGACCAUGUGGCACGCACAGUCAGCAACUUAUCUGCCGCUUACCCACCUGCUCUGCCGACCUCUGAACUUUGCACUGUGUUGGCUUCUUGUUUGGUUGAUGUGGUCAGUUUCCAUGGCAACAGCACUGACCUACCAGCCCACAGUAAACACAGCACUUGGCAGACUAAGGGGGAUGCGGGUGGCUGUGGCUACGGAGGGUCUGGGCCCUGUGGAUCAGUACCUGGGUGUGCCUUACGCUGCCCCACCUUUAGGAGAGAAGCGCUUUAUGCCGCCCGACGCUCCAUCGGCCUGGUCCGGCGUACGGAACGCCACCCGCUUCUCUCCCGUCUGCCCGCAGACCAUUCGCAACGCAGUGCCCGACAUCAUGAUGCCUGUCUGGGCCACCUACAACCUUGACACGGUCGCUACCUACCUGCAGGAGCAGAGUGAGGACUGCCUAUACCUUAAUAUAUACAUACCCACACAAAGCGGUGAGUACACAUGCAAAAUGCACACAUACACAUUCCUUCAUUCGUAUACAGAACACCACUGGUUUUGGGAUUCUCGAGAUGACCCACGUCCUGUGAUGCUGUUUAUUCAUGGUGGCUCGUACAUGGAGGGCACGGGGAACAUUAUGGACGGUAGUGUGCUGGCCAGCUACGGCAAUGUCAUCGUCAUAACCCUCAACUACAGGGUGGGGAUAUUAGGGUUUUUAAGCACCGGUGACCAGGCCGCUAAAGGGAAUUAUGGUCUCUUGGAUCAAAUUCAAGCUCUCCGCUGGAUCAACAAGAAUAUUGGAUAUUUCGGCGGUGAUCCGGGCCGCGUGACCGUGUUUGGCUCAGGAAUCGGAGCAUCCUGCGUCAGUUUGCUCACUCUUUCACACCAUUCUGAAGGUUUGUUUCACAGAGCAAUCAUUCAGAGUGGCUCAGCACUGUCCAGUUGGUCAGUGAACUAUCAGCCUGUGAAAUACACACGUCUCCUUGCGGAGCGCGUUGGCUGUAAUGUCCUUGACACCCAAGAUCUGGUCCUCUGCAUGCAGAAGCGUAGCUACAGGGAGCUGGUGGAGCAGGAAAUUCAGCCAGCACGCUUCCAUGUGGCCUUUGGCCCUGUCAUUGAUGGUGACCUCAUCCCAGAUGACCCUGAAGUGCUCAUGGAGCAGGGCGAGUUCCUUAACUAUGACAUCAUGUUGGGCGUUAACCAGGGGGAGGGAUUCCGCUUUGUAGAGGGCGUGGUGGAACCAGAAGAGGGCGGAGUUUCUGGCUCGGAUUUUGACUUCACGGUAUCCGAUUUUGUAGACGGUCUCUACGGUUAUCCAGAAGGGAAGGACACUCUCAGAGAAACCAUAAAGUUCAUGUACACAGACUGGGCUGAUCGAGACAAUCCCGAAACCCGUCGUAAAACCCUCGUGGCCAUGUUUACGGAUCACCAGUGGGUGGAGCCAGCUGUGGUGACGGCUGACCUGCAUGCACGUUACGGUUCUCCGACCUUCUUCUAUGCAUUCUACCAUCACUGCCAGAGCCCCAUGAAGCCUCCAUGGGCGGAUGCCGCACACGGCGAUGAGCUGCCCUAUGUGUUUGGCAUUCCACUUAUUGGUCCGACGGAACUCUUCCCCUGCAACUUCUCCCGCAAUGAUAUCAUGCUGAGUGCCGUCGUCAUGACCUACUGGACCAACUUUGCAAAGACCGGGGAUCCGAACAAGCCAGUUCCUCAGGACACUAAGUUCAUCCACACCAAGGCAAACCGUUUUGAAGAAGUGACAUGGGCCAAGUACAGUCCUCAUGAUCAGCUAUAUCUGCAUAUUGGGCUGAAGCCUCGCGUUCGGGAUCAUUAUCGAGCUACUAAAGUGGCCUUCUGGAAACAUCUGGUACCUCACCUGUACAACCUGCAUGACAUGUUCCACUACACAUCCACCACCACACGGGUCCCACCUCUUCUGACCACACACAGUUCCCACAGUGCCACACCUCGCCCGGGGGGCAACAAGGCUCGUACCCCUGGUAAACAGACCCCCCAGUCCACAGCACGCAGUGGGCCGCUGGUCAUCGCAAACCCACGCGAUUACUCCACAGAGCUGAGCGUCACGAUCGCUGUCGGAGCUUCGCUUCUCUUUCUCAACGUCCUGGCCUUCGCUGCGCUAUACUACCGCAAGGACAAACGGAGCCGUCAGGACAUGCCCCCUCAGCCCGCCUCCCAGCGCCAGACCCCGCCCAAUGACCUCAGCUACACGCCCACCUCCAUCUCAGGGGGUAACCUGGAGGAGGGGUCCCUGUGCGACCCUCUCCGUCUGACCCCAGCAUCAUCUCCGCGGGAUUAUGCCCUCACGCUCCGCCGCUCGCCGGAUGACAUCCCGCUCAUGACCCCCAGUUCUGUCGCAAUGACACCGAAUAGCGGCACGAUGACACCCAACACGGUCACCUUGACGCCCAAUAGUGUUACAAUGACACCCAACACCAUUACCAUGUCGCCCAAUUCUUUGAUGGGGUAUCCCAGCAUGCACCCUUACAACACUUUCACUCACGGGUACAACUCCACCAGCCUGCCUCACCCACACUCCACAACACGCGUAUAACAUGCAACAGAAACUCCACACGCCGACACACAACACUCACAUCCCUCGAAUCCUUAUUACUGUAAACCAGAUCAAACCGGUGCAAACUGUUCACCAGUAUUCAAAAGUAUAAUAGCAGGUGAACCCAAUACAUAACAUGAGCACAAUCACCUAGAAUGAAUCAGUAUGGCCAUCAGUAUAAACCAGAAGGAAGUGUCACGGCAGCACGCUAACAUAAACAGUUCGGCUCAGUAUGAACGCACUGCUUCAUACGCGUCUGACUUUUGUCAGCUUUCACGUUAUAUGAGCAGUUAAGAAACUUCUCUGUGGAGUAAGAUGGGAAAAUGGAGCAGUUGUAGUACCGCUGCCGCCUCUAGGUGGUGCAGCAAGACUCUUAAAGACCCCGCAGGUGGUCUAAUCCGCAAGAACAGUAGGGGGAGCUGGAGUCCCAUCGGUGGUUCACCAUUACGAACCAACCAAGCACUUAUUCUAAGAUAUGUAAUAAUAAUAACCUGUAAUAACAAACAUAUUAAUGGCUAUUGUACAGUAUAACAUAUAUUAACGUCAAUGUACAGACAGCUUUUUUGAAUGUGUCAGAAUUUUUUUUAUUUCUAAUAGUUUUUAAGCUCAGAUUAUAUCCAUAGCAAGGACGGUCAUUUUUUUCUUUCUUUAUAAUCACAAAAAAAGUACUAUUUUAUACCACAU